UUUUCGCUGUUAUAUCUUAGGUUAUACAGAUAAAUUAUCCAUGAUAUAAUCAGUUAAUUGUAUUUAGAUGUAUCCAGAACAUUAAGUUAGGUUGCAAUUAAUUCGCUUAAGAAGCUAUUAGUUUAGUAGAGACGGAAUUCCAAGAUAAUGGCCAGUGACUAUCUGAUAUCGAAAUGGAAGCUGUGGUAUACAUGGUUUGAUAUCAAUAAUGAUGGUAAAGUCGAUUUUGAAGAUGCUGAAGCUGAACGGUCAAAGUUCAGUAAGCUUCAUCACCUUAGUGAUGAGGAGAAGAAGUCGGUCAUGGAGGAAUUCGGCAACUGGUGGAAAGAGUACAUCUUGUGGGGACAGGCUGAAAUGACCGAACCUAAGUUCGUAGAGUUGAUGAACGAUGCUUAUAAAGCCGACAAAGCCAAGUUCUUGGAGAGGAUGCAAACAUGCUUUGAUAAGAUUUGUAAUAUUGUCGAUACAAACAACGAUGGGGACAUAUCGUUGGAAGAGUUCAACAUUAUUAUGAGGUCGGCCGGACACAAGGAUAAAUCAUUAGAUGAAAAAUUCUUUGAAAAUUACAAGCCUGUCGAUGGAAAGGUUCCAAUCAAGGUCAUUUCAGACUCGUGGGUUCAGUUUACUACCUGCGAGGACAGCACGAAACAUGAUUUAGUAAAGGCCGCUUUUGAGUUUGGUGUCUAAUAAAGACUAAUAUUUCAGACAAAAAACUGAUACAAAAGAAGUACCUGAAGUUUUACUCCGUACUCUUAAUUAGUUUUACAAAAUCGUAUCCUUUGCAAUAGUUUAAAUCAGUGUGCAUAUUUGCCUUUGAUACAAAUUAAUUAAUUCAGUGAAGGUUCAUACUGAAAUAUGCGUUCUGCUUAAUGCUUUACAAAUACAUGUAUAUAUUAUAUAUGUAGUACAAACAAAUAAAAUGAAAAGGAAUCAGG